CUGAAUGUGUAAGGUAAGCAACCCGUAAAGCAAAAUUUGUCCAAGUAGAGACGUAGUGGCAAUGGUUCGGUUUAGUUCCCCGUUCGUCCAUUGUGUUACCUCGUGUUUCACUGCAUUAGCUAAUGAGUUACUGCUGUUAGUUUCGAUGCCAGCCAGUUUUUUUUUUUCUUAUGGCCAUUUGAGUAAAUAUGUUUGGGCAUGAAUACAUUCUAGAUAAAGACUAUACUAUCGUGUUGUGCAGAUGUCUCUACCUGAUCCGUCCUCCACAAGCUUCAAACUCUCUGAUGCUUCUAAGGGAGGAAAUACUAAAAAGUCUGAAGAUGACUCUGAUGAUAAAAGUUCUGAAUUAGAGCGUAAUGAUCCUGAGAGAUGUUUAAGAGAAAAGGUAUUGAAGGAGGUAGGACUCACCAGCACUGCCUUUAUCGGUCCUGCAUUUCCUCCACAAGCGAUCUCUACCAAGCCUGACAUUGAAGACUCAUUGAGUAUGUUUUACAAAGAGCUUGAGAAGAUUGAUACACCAGAUCAGUCUCAUCGGAUUAGUGAUAAUCAAGACAAAGGAGAUGUUCAGCCUAACCUCAACCUGCCUGAAAUACCUACCAGCAAACACUCUCAGGAUAUACCUGAUGGGAAAAUGUUCCCCACCUCAAGUUUUAUGGGAGUAAACAGUUACCAGAGCAACAGUGGACGAACUAAGUCCACCUGGGAUCAUUGGUAUCAAAGUGAGCCAUACCAGCUCAAAAGGCCAACUGAAAGGCCAAUGGGUAACCAGUGGGAUUAUCCUCUACCACCUAACAGGCCACCUGAUCUUAGAUUUCACAGGCCACCUUUCCCUCACCAUUCACACCAGUCUGCAUACUCAGAUCCACAAAACACAUCAGCUCCCAUCCAAGUCAACCAAAACAGCUCAAGAAUGAUGAACCAUCAUCACAAGGAUUUUUAUCCUCCACCAUUUUCUAGUCGUCCACCUCCAAACGUGUUCAUCCGUCCUCCUGCACAGGGCCGACAUGAAAACCCUCCUCAGAACUUUGGGUGGAAUGAUCAGAGUUUUUAUGACACGGAUCUGAAUGACGUACCUGUUAGGUGGUCUGGGGAACGAAGAGAAGAAUGGCAGUGGUGUGAUGACGAUUACGACAGGCCUCCGAGGUUUAUGUCAGAAAAUGAGCCAUGGGAACAACAGCAUAACUACCGACCCUACGAAGAGAGAAAUGAGUAUCAGUCCGAUUUGGUGCUGAUCUUGAUGAGAGGAUUACCAGGAUCUGGGAAAACCACACUAGCCAGAGAACUGCUCUCCUCUGGCCCAAGUGGAAUAAUUCUCAGCACGGACGAUUACUUUGCUCAAAAAGAAGGUUACCACUAUGAUCCAGGCCUUCUAGGGGCGGCACAUGAAUGGAACCAAAGCAGAGCUAAGGAUGCCAUGCAUGAUGGUUGCUCUCCUAUUAUUAUUGACAACACAAACCUCCAAGCCUGGGAGAUGAAACCAUAUGUCAAAAUGGCCUUGGAGAGAGGAUACAAAGUGGACUUUUAUGAACCUGACACCAGCUGGAAAUUUGAUCCUUGUGAAUUGGAGAAGAGGAACAACCACGGCGUUCCUCAGGACAAGAUUGCUCAGAUGAUGGAUCGCUUUUCGUUUCCCAUCUCCAUAGACAUUGUCAUGAAUUCGCAGGAACCAGCUCACGUCAACCAGAGACGUCGACCAGAGCAGCAGCAAAUUAGGAAUAAAAUGCAUUUUUGUUAGUUUUUCCAAGAGAAAAAAACUUUAAUUUUACCGAAAGAAUAAGACUUGUGCUCAUGUAAAUGUCACUUUUGGUAAUUUAUAGUUUUAAAUUUAUUACUUUGUUUAUUGUAAAUUUAUAAUGAAGAAAAAUGAAUCUAUAUUUUUAAAGGUGUUUUUUUUUUUUUUUAAAUCUAAUUUCUGCAAGGGGAAAACAGAUUUGUAUAUAUUUUCCGUCAAAUAUUUCAUAUGCAAUUUUUAUUUUUUCAAUGUGCAGCUAUGUUUUAAAAAGAUUCCUAUUUGUCUUGCACCGUUUUCAUUCUUAUUAGACCAAACUAGUGCAGUUUUCUGACUUUAAUAAAUUCUCAGACAUAACA